AUGCUUGUGGCAGUAAUUGUAUCAUUGAUACUUGCAGUGACAUGCUUCAAAUACGAGGAGGACUCAUCAGAACAUUCCACAGACAAUGUCUUCACAAGAUUCCUGGAGAAUACAAUAAACGACACAGACAUAAACCAGAACCCAAAAGACAAAACCCAUGGUGUAAAAGUGGAAGACAUAAAUCGAACAGAUAACAAUCACAUAAAAGAACUGAAUCAACCACAAAACACCACCAAACGCCUUUCUAUGAUGAAAAGUAAAGAAAAUGCUAUUAAAACACUCAAUACAGCCAGCACAGGAAGAAACAAAAGGUACAUGGGCAGCAAACAGAAAAAGACUGUUUCAAGCCAAACAGAAGUACAGCCGGAUCUUACAUUUGAGACCCCGAUAUCUGCAUCGCUUCUACUCAAGCCAUCAAAUACACAAAAAGAUAUUGUGAUCAGUCAGGGCGAUAUUAAGGAAAUGUCGGAUUCAUUGAAGGAAGUAGAAAAGCUGAUUACUGGUCUGAAUACAUUGAAAAAUAAACUUAAAUCUAUUCUCAAGAAGACAUCACAGCCUUCAAGAGAAGACAAACCGCCCACAGACUUACUGAACUAUAAUUUCAUAGAAGUCACCGAAAAUACACAGACAGAGAGCAAGUAA